AUGGCAACUCAACAAGUGCCUUCAGCUGCAACAGCCAACAAAGAUCCACGGCGGGCGCUGUACCAGUCCUAUAUCGACUACUGCAAUGCGCACGAUUUCGAGGCCAUGGAGAAGUUCUACACCUCGCCUAUCAAUAUCAACGAUGAGCCCUGGGCCCCCUCCAAGGUUACGGCGCAGUUCAAGCCCCUCGUUGAGGGAUUUCCCGACUGGCACUGGGAAAUUCGGCAUUUUGCGCUCGACGGCAACUAUCUCUCCCUACAUUUCAAGGUCACAGGCACGCACCUAGGCACGUUCCAGGGAAUAGCGCCAACAGGUCGCCGCGUGUCCACAACACAGUUCACGCUGUAUCACCUCGUGGAUGGCAAAUAUACUGAUGUUUGGGACUUGACCGACAUCGAUUCGCUACAGGAGCGGCACCAUCUCUCUGACGAAAACCCGCCCAUCACGGACGAAGCCAAGCGGACAAUCAAAUACGACGGUAUGAAGGGGCUUCAAGAGCGUUUUGGAGAUUAUUAUGUCGGUGGCUAUGCCUUGGGGGGUGACACAGGAGCACUUGUAAGCGCCGCAUCAGCCGACUCCCUGCUCUACAAGAAGGUCAAAGUUGUUCUCAAGAUCCAUAUCCUAUUCGCCACAAUCAAGGUGACUGUUGUGGAUGAACUGCGAAAUACCAAAUCUGCAUCUCAACACGAAAGCUUAAGCGGCUAUGAUUCACUUUCCAACAGGUUCGUAUUAGCUACCUCGUUAGAUGGAUCGGGACCUCAGAAAGUCCUCGCCGCUGCGGCAGAUUUCGCAAGUCUCGCGCAGAGCCUUGGCUCACGUGUGGAUGAAAAAAUGGUUCAGGCAGGCUUGUACGAGAAUGAACCAUUGACGGAGGAGAUAUGUGAAAAGCUCUUUACAUCUGGCGUUGUGGCCGAGCUUCUGUUGUUCCCUGUAGCUCAACUAAGGGAUGUGUUAGUGUGGAGGACCAAUACAGAUAUCAUUUAA